AUGGAAUCUAUAGAUUCAGCUGAUUUUACUACUCUAUAAAGUACAAUAGGGGGUUAUGAAAGAUAAGAGUCACUAAACCGCAGAAAAAUGAGAGAUGAAAAGAAAGCUAAACUUAUCUCAAAAUUAGAUAUUAAUAAGAUAAGAAAACUAAGUUCAUAGCUAUCAGCUAUAGCCUCUGAUGAGAUCAAUGAUUCUAGUAUUUCAGGGGAAAUAACAGACUCUGAAGAUGAAGGAGAUGCUACUAAGAAGUCAUUCGACUCAGCAAUGGUUAGUGAAUCAGAAAAAUCCUCUGCCAAAGAAACACAGUAAAUGACUAUGAAUAACAAGGGAUAAUAUUAAAAGAGCAAAGUUAUAAAGAAAAAGAAUCCAAACUAGCAUGUAUUAGUUAAUUCGCUGUCAAAAUAGGACUACUCCUUUUACUAUGAGAAUUCAGUCUGGGAUUAAUAUGAAGACUUUGUUUAUGCAAUAUAAAGAGGUAGAACAGAUAAAGUGAUCAUAACAGCCAAAAAAGAAGGCAUAUCUACUGAGGAGUCAUUAAGACCCUCAGGAGAUACUAUAAUGCAUAUUUGUGCGGAAUACGGUCAUGAAAAACUACUUCAACAUUUUGUUCGUGAGCGUGGAGAUUAUAUGGCUCGAAACUAUGCAGAUGAGACUCCAUUUCAUCUUGCUGCUAGAGAAGGAAAGAUUAAUAUAAUUCAGCUAUACUUCGAUUCCUAUCAAUUCGAUGUAGAUCAUGAGUCAAUGGACGGAUGGACAGCUAUUCACUAUGCAUCAUUGAAUGGCUAUAUCAGCAUUAUAGAGAUAUUGCAUAGAAAUAAUGCUAAUAUAAGUGCAGUAGACAAACUUAAGAGAAGCGCAUUACACUGGGCUUGUAAAUUUAACUAAUUAGAAGUAGUAAACGUUCUAUUAAGAUUAGGGAUCGCUAGCGGAGAGAACGGUCCUAAUUCUUGUAAAGAUUUUGAAGGGAAUAAGCCGCUAGAUAUUGCUAAAGAAAAGGGAUACUAGGAGAUUAUGCAAAUCAUAAAUUAACAUCAUUCUAAUCUGUAGAAAAGGAAAAUACAGUUGAAAUAAACAGGAUAAAUAAAGGAUGAAAAAUCUUAGCAAUGA